AUGCUACACACGAGUGUCAGCUACACCUUCACUCUCACCUUGGACAAAUCCAACACCUCGACCCCUAUCACGACGCGCUUCGAGCUCGCUCAAGGUCCGGGCCAUGCCCAACGCCUCAUGCAAUGGCGGCUCGAAUGGAACCCUACUCCACCCAGAUCCAUCCUCUUCGAAGAAGGAAGCCUCCAUAAAAACAUUGAAUCAAUUCCCUCAUGUUGCUCCGCUCUACCCGACUCAGGCAAGGUGUACGCGACGAUCUCGAUCGAGCAAACGGCGCCAGCCCAAGCGCCGCAGCACAAGUUCGAACAUUCGAGACCGAUCGCUCGCGGCUAUGGCUCGUGGGUCCGCGAGAAGCCAAAUAUCAGUGGUGAUUGGGGUAUCGAGCGCUGCAAAGUAAAUUGUAAAGAGAUGUUCGACAACUUUCAGAAAUCCGAAACGUCCAGGCUCGAGUUGAGUGUGACUGUUCAGAUCGGAGAGGACGAAAGGGCCAGUCACCACGCCACUGAUCGGUGCAUGGAGGAGCAUCGGGUGAUGUCCGAUAAGAUCGACAGUCUCCAAAAGCAAUACAGAGGUAAUUCACCAUCAAUGGUGAUAGUGAUGCCCCAUGCUGAUGAUCGUUCUUCAAGCAGAAACCCGGCUUCGUCAGUACGCACACGACGUGCGCUUCGUGUUCAGUCCCUCCGGUCGGACGCUCUUCGCCAACUCAAAGACUCUGUGUUCGCGCUCGUCAUACUACCAAGACGUGCUCACCUCUGGCUUCAGCGAGUCGCAAAAGAUAAUCAGCUCCGAAUGCAACGAACACGAUCACGAACACACAAACUCGACGCCAUGUAAAGAGGAAUGGCACACCCUACACAUCGACGAGGACGAUCCCGACACCUUCGAGACCUACGCGACCGCUCUAACCUGGCUCUCGACCGACCUCAUCAAUUUCAGCGUCGAAGAUCCCUUCAGGACGCUCUCCACCGCCGAAGCGAUCUAUCGCCUCGCCGAUCAACUCUGCUUGGACGACCUGAGUGCACUCGCUUUGGACGCCUUGCACGCUUCUCUCACCCCGACGAACGCUGUUACUGCGCUGUUCUCGAUCCUUUCCCGCGAUUUCGCCGCGAUUCGUCAGCUCUGCGUUGGGUACUGUGUGAAGAAUUGGUGUUCGCCGAUGCUUGAAGAGGUCAAAGGGUUCAUCGCUCAAGGGGAUUGCUUGGAGAUUGGUGCGCUCGAAGCGAUGGAUGUGAUGGCGGCAUUGUCGGCGCGGUUAUUCGAGUCUCCCAGACGUACCCCUACUGAGGAUGACUGA